UUUCCAGCCAGGAAUCAGCCCGCUGUGACUCAUGUAGCUAGCAAUCUAGGAAGUUGUCCCACAGUCGAGACCUUUUUCUGUGACUUUUACAACAAAAGUUGUUGCAAGUUUCUACGUUUUUUAGCCGAAACAUCCUAGCGACAAAAUGUUUUUCGUCCCAGGACAGCCGGUGACUGCCGUUGUGCAACGAAUUGAGAUCCAGAAGUUGCGGCAGGGAGAUAAUCUGAUCCUGGGCUUCAGUAUCGGAGGAGGGAUAGACCAGGACCCUGGACAGAACCCCUUCUCUGAGCACAAGACGGACAAAGGCAUCUACGUGACCAGGAUAACACCAGGAGGACCAGCAGAGAAGGCAGACUUGCGCAUGGGAGACAAAAUAAUGCAGGUGAACGGCUGGGAUAUGACCGUGGUGACCCACGACCAGGCUCGUAAAAGACUAACGAGGAAGAAUGAGGACGUGGUGCGGCUUCUCGUAACCAGGAAGUCGUUGGAAGAAGCUGUCAAACAAUCUAUGGGAAGUGGGCCCAGACAGUAAUGUAGUGGCACUACUUAUAACCACAGACUAAUGCAAUAGCCAAGGACCGAACACUCUCAUAUACUUAGACUCCCACUAAUUCAAAUGAUGGUUGCACCGUGGCCUUUAUAACUACGUCAAUGCAAAAAUAUUUAAUAUUUUAGGUGACAUAUCCAGAUGCCUGAGUCUGCACAAUUCUUGCUCAUUCUGAUCAGUCAUUGGUGAAUGAUCCAUACACACUCAAACUUAUCUAACAUAUCCACCUGCACCUUCUGAAAUAUGGAGCAAUCCAAAACUUUUUUCUCAAAUACAUUAAAUCUGUUCUCGAAUUAAUCGAAGAUUUUAACUUUCAUAAAAUAGUGCUUGCCUAUCUCUCCACUAUACAUCAAUUUUAAAGUAUAGCACAGCAUUCUUGAUUCAUUCCCACUUAGGAGAUAUUUGCCAAAUGUCCUCAGUCCAUGCUUGACAGGAGUUUUUUGGGAGCGGUCGCAGUCUUUCUUUAGCAUAUAUUUGUCAAAAACACCUUUGAUCCUUUUCGCCUACAGCUGACCAAAGUUUGUCUUGAUGGUUUGGAUACAUCAAGAAUGUUCAUUACUGUUUACUGUAUCUUUAAUGAUCAACGUUUCAUCUAAUUUCAAUUAAAAAAAAAAGUUAAUUCCUGUCAAAAUUACAGCAUCAAAUGCCAAAGUAAUAGCCAAGGCACUGUAAAGUGAUCAAAAUAUGUAAAGCAGUGUUUGUGGUCAUUUUCUUACAUUUUCUUUAUUAUAAUGGUACAGUAUACUGUACAAAGUAACAAACUAAUUAUUUUUACUGAUGCAUUUUUUGUUGAUGUCUAUUACAUGUGUGGGAAAGUAACAUCUUCUGUCAUUCUGUGUGUCUGUCUGCUAAAGUAACACAGUUCAAAAUGCACAUUUUCUUCCAAGUUACACUAAUUAUGUCUCAUACUUUUGGAUAUCACCUGUCAAAUCAUUUUCAAUGUAUUCACUCUCAACUAUCACCUUUAUCAGCAAGAGAAAGUUGGUAAUUUGCUGUUUUGAUGCAAGCAAACCCACUAGUUUUUCACUGGAAUCGGCUGCAUUCAGAUUGUCUCAACCUGUAAAAUAUUUUGAAGUUGUUUGUCAAUGACCAAAAGUCCAAGUCGAAACUGAAUGAAUGUUGUUUGAUAACUAUUAAUGUGCACAGCAGCCUUAAAUGAAUACUUUAUACCACUAAGUUUAAUGAUACCUAUUUGUUUCUAUUUUUUAUUUUGCCAUUCCAGUAUGGUUUCUGCAACACAACAAUGAUUUACUGCCUUUAGAACCAAUCAUUAACAAUACUUUGGCUUUGAAAUGUUACAGUACUGAAAUAAUAAGUUUUUACAAUACUAAUCUUA